CUCCGAGUGUCGUUCUUUAUCACCUAUCCCCCUCCUCUCUCCUUCGUUCCCUCACCACAGUCCCUCAUUUCCUGCCACCACCCUACAGAAACAACAGCGACAACCAUGAACCUCCUCACGACCACCAUCUCCCUCCUCCUAGGCCUCACCCUCGUCGCCGCCAAAACAGACAUCGGACCCCCCUGCACCUCCUCCACCACCUAUGUAGGCGGCAUCUUCACGCGGAUCUUCUACAUCCCCGACACGGGCGAGCUCUGCGAACUCAUCGACUGCGGCGGCGGGCGGGCGCCUCCCAAGACCACCGUCCCGGGGUGUCCACUCUACUCAGGUACAGAGCCUGUACCCACGCAUUAUCUCCCCGGCUGGGGUCCAGGCGGCCGUCUGAUCGAGACCACGACGACGACGAGUACCUCUGGUGGUGCUGCUGCUGAGGCUACAGACGGAACCAGUAUGCUCACAGCUACUGCAGGCGGAAGUGUGUACGCUUCUGCUUCUGCGUCUACUGAUGCUGCUGCUUCUACGUCGUCGUCGGUUACUACUACCGGUAUUGCUGCUGCGGCAACGGCUCAGAUUACCGGUUCCACGGCCAGCGACUCCGCACGCGACUCGGCCUCAGUCGUGCUGGCUUCGAGUUCCGGUGCCACGGGUUCGGCGGCGGCUGCCGUGAAUGCUACCACUCCUGGGGUGGUGAGGGGGAAUGAGGCGGCGGCUGGGUUCCGCGUGCGGAGUGCGGGGGUGGCAGCGGUGGUGGUUGGGGCUGUUGCACUUGUGGGGGGUGUGAUGCUUUGAGGUUUGGAGUUAAUUGGCAUGUUGCGUUGCACGAGUUUUUGUUGCUGGAUUGUAUUCUGGUGGAGGGUGUUAUGGAGGCGCUAUCUGCUACAGGCCGUGGCUCGUGUCAGCUUGUGGAUCGAUUGAGUUCGACGAUCGAUCGGGAGUCAAUUGUAGUCGGGUGAUCGUGGGUUCUUGCCACUGUGCGGGACUUUUCCACGGCUAUUGUCUCAGGUGAUAGAGUUAACCAUCGAUCUCUAUCGCGGGUAGGAGAUUCAUUUGUCACGGAGCUUGGAGAUUUAGUGGGUUUGCUAGAGAUCUUAUCGCUUGGAGUGCGAUCUCGCCUUGACGUUUACGCUGAAGUGAUAGGGUAUAAUAGUGGAUUUCAAGCAACUUGAGAGGCUACUGUACCUCAGAAGCUAUUGUACUUCGGAUGGUA